AUGCGGUUCACAGGAGACUGUGGGCCAAUUGGUGCAUUCGGUCUCCCGGCGUGGAAUGCGAUACUGAUCGUGACGUUUGGAAACGCAUCUGCACACUUGUCUCUGGCAGUCGUGUGGUUUUUAAACGGCGUUGAGGUCUGUAUUUGUUUAUUUCGUGUCUCCUGUGUUUCUUGUGCAGGGGUGCUGCUGUACGGCCCCCCAGGCUGUGGAAAGACCCUGAUUGGGAAAGCCACUGCCAAGGCCUCGGGGUGCCGCUUUGUAAACCUGCAGCCCUCCAUCCUCAUCGACAAGUGGUACGGAGAGUCCCAGAAACUCACCGCGGCCGUCUUCUCCCUCGCCGUCAAGAUCCAGCCUUGCAUCGUCUUCAUCGAUGAAAUAGGUUAUGGUGGUGGGAGCUUCAAACAGACCUCAGGAUGUGGAUCCAGCUAUCUUGUGUCGAAUGCCCACAACCUUCCAGAUCAACUUCCCUACCCAAAAACAAAGACAAGAUGUUUAAAAGCUGAUUCUGGCAGGUGAAAAUGACGAUUCUGAAAAACUGGACUGUCAACAAGCUCCGUUGAUCUGAGGACUAAACUAUAAGGAUGCGGGACUACAUGCACAAGCAGCAGAUGAAGCAGAUCACACAGCAGCUGCAGGACAGCGACGGCGAGGACAGGUAACGCACUCUGUACCACUG